AGGCGGGAGGGAAAAGCGGCCGCGGGGGCGCGCAGCAGGUGCGCUCCUCUCUCUCUCUCCCUGCCUCUCUCUCUCUCUCUCUCUGUCUUGCGCGCUCCCAGCCCUUGCCUUUCCCCCGCCCUUGCGCGCUCCCGCCCCGCCAGCGCUACCUUUCCCACCGCGCGGCUCCCGUGGCCGACGCCUCCUCCUCUUCCUUCCUCUGUGUGUGUGUCGUGAGCGCGCAGGGGGGGCCGGGGGCGCGCCCGCCAGAUGCACCAGGCGCCUGCCUCUCUGCACCUGGGCGGCCACUUCUUCCUCGGGAGGAGGAUGCAGGCGCCGGCGGGCGCAGGAUUGCCAGGAUCCCAGCUCCUUGGCGCCUAGGCAGGGAGCGGCCGGGGAGCCUCCUCUUCCUCCUCCUCUUCCACCAGAGGGGAAGCCAAGAGGACGGGUUUAAAUAUGACCGAAGAGCCGACGCUUAAUGUAACGUGGCUGCCUCAGGAUCGGUUAGACGUCGGUUGGACAGAAAAUGUUUCGGCUGCGGUCACCUCCCCGAUCCCCGUCAAUGACCCAGAGCCGGACUUUAUAGUCAACCCCUGGGAUAUUGUCUUGUGUACUUCAGGAACCCUGAUCUCCUGUGAGAAUGCUGUGGUGGUCCUGAUUAUCUUCCACAAUCCCAGCCUCCGUGCCCCCAUGUUCCUCCUCAUAGGCAGCCUGGCCUUGGCAGACCUCUUAGCCGGGAUUGGAUUGAUCUUCAAUUUCAUUUUUGCCUAUCUUCUCCAAUCGGAGUCUACCAAGCUGGUCACGGUUGGGCUGAUUGUUGCCUCUUUCUCAGCCUCGGUCUGCAGUUUGCUGGCUAUCACUGUCGACCGGUACCUCUCCCUCUAUUAUGCUCUGACAUACAAUUCAGAGAGGACUGUCACCUUCACCUAUGUCAUGCUCAUUUUGCUCUGGGGAGCUUCCAUCUGCAUCGGGCUGCUGCCCAUCAUGGGCUGGAAUUGCCUCCAAGACGAAUCCACCUGCAGCGUCAUCCGGCCGCUCACCAAAAACAACGCGGCGGUCCUCUCUGUCUCUUUCUUGCUUAUGUUUGCUCUCAUGCUGCAGCUGUACAUUCAGAUCUGCAAAAUUGUGAUGCGACAUGCCCAUCAGAUUGCUUUGCAGCACCACUUCCUGGCCACUUCCCACUAUGUGACGACUCGGAAAGGAGUGUCAACUUUAGCCAUUAUCCUGGGAACCUUUGCUGCUUGCUGGAUGCCUUUCACACUGUAUUCCUUAAUAGCCGACUACACCUACCCUUCUAUAUAUACCUAUGCCACCCUCCUUCCAGCCACGUACAAUUCUAUUAUUAACCCUGUAAUAUAUGCUUUCCGGAAUCAAGAAAUACAGAAGGCACUUUGGCUCAUCUGCUGCGGCUGCAUCCCUUCGAAUCUGUCUGCAAGAGCGAGAUCGCCCAGUGAUGUUUGAUUAGGAGGGAGGAAGGAGUUGUCUGUUUAGCACUGGUGUUGUGUGGUUGUGUUGCUUUCAUUACGUUGUACAUAACAGGUUUGCAUUCAAGCCACAGGAGGUACUGACCUUUUCAGAAAGCAAAUUCUCCUUGACCGAAAUGAACCACGCUGUUGUAGUUUCCCUGGAAGGAAAAUGAUUUUAUGCCAACUUUUAAGUGUUGCUCAGAUUCUGUUCUUUUUUGGCUUAUGCAACUACUCUCAUUUCCUCCUAUAGUUCCUCCAGGCACUAUGCCAAUAUUUUAAAGGAGACAGUUAUUUAUUUAUUUAUUUAUUUAUUUAUAUUUGCUUAUUUAUUUGCUUACUGAUUGUUGCAUUUACAUCUUAUCUUUCUUCCAGUGAGCUCAAGGGAAUGGACACUGUUGUCCAAACCUGUGAGGUUGGUCAGGCUGUGAGAAUGAGUCAGGGAAUGGCCCAGGAUCACCCAGUGAGCAUUAUGGCUCAAUGGGGACAGGAGCCCACAACGGGAUUCCACAUAUCCCAGUCCAGCAUUCUACAGAUAACACCAUACCGGCUCCUAUGUAUGUGUAAAUGUGAUUUCUCUGUCUCAGCAAAUGAAAGAUACAUUUGCAUAUGAGCAGCUUGAAUACAUAGGCUGGAAUGCUGCUGGUUUGUCCCCACUAGAGUAGACCCGCUGAAUGAGUUGUUGAGUGGUGAGUCAACAUGCAAUUAAAUCCAAUUGAUUCAGUGGGUCUGCUCUAAUCAAUAGGGGUUAAACCACAGGAUUAAUGCCUGUCAAACUCCAGAUCAAAGGAUAAUACACAACCACAUUAGAAACAUUGGCAUGACCUUAGCAAUGCCAAUGCUACUAUUUCCAGAGUGAAUGAAUUCUGUAGUCAUUCUAUGAAGGCAGAUGUGUUUUUGCAAUGUGCAUCUUAAGGCUCCUGCUAUAAGACACAUGUUGUCUGAGGACUCUUCUGCACAGCUGAAUAAAACCCCACAUUUUCUGCUUUGAACUGGAAUAUAUGGCAGUGUGGACUCAAAUAACCCAGUUCGAAGCAGAUAUUGUGGGAUUUUCAGCUUUGAUAUUCUGGGUUAUAUGGUUGUGUGGAAGGGCCCUAAGUCAGAAGAUGUGUGGCUUUAAUUACAACAUAGUCUUGUGUACAAUUCAACAGGAGGAGACAUCAGGUAACAGUUAGGCUGCCAUCCAGACUACAGGUUUUGUGGGACUGUACAAUCGCAUCCUUACAGUUUAGUAUCAAUGAGAAUAAAUAUGCUGUCCAGAUGUUCAUUUUGAUGCAGGACAAAAUACUGAUGCAUAGCUUCAUAAGACUCUCAGGCUUGGGUUUCUUAUAUCAUGAAGGAGAUCAUUCAGAGACAUUUAUUUAUUUAUUUAUUAUUUAUUUAUUUACAAUAUUUAUAUUCCACCCUUCUCACCCUGACGGAGACUCAGGGUGGAUCACAGUGCACAUAUACAUGGCAAACCUUCAAUGCCAUUAAACAUACGACAGCCACAGAGGCAAUUUAACAUUCCAGCUUCCGGCUUCAUAAGGGUAUGCUUGAUUCUGGCCACAGGGGGAGCUGCCGCUUCACCUUCCACUUGUGACACCCGAGUCCUUGACAGAGUACUUCCUCAUUCUUCCGCAUGCUGCUGAAAGAUGUAUUUAAAGAUGUAACAUCAGAAGUGAUCCUUAUAUAUAUUGGAAAGAGCAACCUGUCACCUUCCAGGUGCUGGUUUCCAUUUCCCAUCAUUCCCAAACUUUAGUCACACUAGCUCAAGCUUCUGGGGACUGGACUCCAAGGAAAUCUGAAGGGCUUCAAGUUGUCAAUUUCUGGUGUAAUUAUGGGAAAUAAAGUUUACCCAUAAAUUCUUGGAAGGAAAGAAAUGAGCCCCUCCCCUUCCCCAUAGGAGAGACCAAUUGUGCUGCAUGUUUUUUUCUACCUUUGCCAAAAGUGGUUUCCCUUUCAGCCUCCAUGGAAAGAAUCAGCAAGAGCUAGAGUGAAGUUUCUGUUAAUGUAAGCCUAACCGAAAACCCCACAGGGAUCUUUUAACAGUUCCGCUAAUACUGUGUACUUUGUGUUUACGAUUCUACAUCCUAUGAAUGAGUAAUUUUGCAAUAAACAAGAUCAUUCUGCAGUAAUAAAUCUCAAGAUACUCAGUUUUCCAAAGAGGUUUUUCAGGCAGUCUUGCAUUAGCCACUUUCCCCCACGCACUUGGUGACUAACAAUUCCUUCUGGUUGUGUAGUUUGCCAAAUCCACAACUCAAGCUGCCCUAUGACGCUCCAAUACACAAGGGCAAGCGCGCAGAGCGUUCAAGACUGCAAGAAUGAUUUUCACAAAAUAAGCUCGGCCAAUUUAACAUUUAUCACUAGUGUCAACAUAGAUCUGUGCAGUAAGAUAAUGUCAUGGACAUUUCGUGUGCUUUACAGGACCUUCUCUUUGUUUUGCUCUGACCUUCAGUUCUGAAGUCUGACAUUUUCAAGUUUGGGGCACAUGAGAUUGUAAUGCUGCAUUGGGAAAUGCACAUAGAACAUGUUUUAUACUUUUCUAGUAAUUCCUCCACUGUUUCAAAGCACAAAAGUGUGUAUGCCCAUCGUUCCAUUGCUUCUGUUGUUAAAGAUGGAUGUCGUUGUCACACAUCACAGUUAAUUUCUGUAACUGAUAGUGUUUUUGAAUUCAUAUCCAGAAAAAAAAUGUUGUUGGGUUUUUUUAAAAAAAGAUUCUGUAAAAGAAAACCUUUAAGGAACAUUUUUGUGUGAAUCCUCUGAUGGAAAAUAGGGUUGUUUUAAUGAAAUAAAAUAUGUUAUCUGAGCCAAUGAAGGGGAAUUGCUGGGAUCAAUAUCAGUCGUAGCUGUUGCUACAUCAGCCUUCUGUGCCCUGUUUGCAAAACUGUGGAUCCAAAAGGACACAAAUCUGGAAUUGUGGCAAACAAAGAAACAGCAGCAGAAACCAGAAUCAGUGUGUUGUCAAAGGCUUUCAUGGCCGGAAUCACUGGGUUGCUGUAAGUUUUCCUGGCUGUAUGACCAUGUUCAAGAAGCAUUGUCUCCUGACAUUUCACCCACAGCUAUGGCAGGCAUCCUCAGAGAUUGGGAGGUCUGUUGGAAACUAGGCGAAUGAAGUUUAUAUAUCUGUGGAAUGUCCAGGGUGGGAUAAAGAACUCUUGUCUGCUUGAGGCAAGUGUGAAUGCUAUAAUUGGCCACUUUGAUUGGCAUUGAAUGGCCUUGCAAUUUCAAAGCCUGUCUGCUUCCUGCCUGGGGGAAUCCUUUGUUGGGAAGUGUUAACUAGCCCAUACUUGCCUCAAGAGCUUUUUCUCCCACCCUAGACAUUCCACAGAUAUAUAAACCUCACUUGCCUAGUUUCCAACAGACCUGUUUUUAUACCUAAAGAACACAUUGUUUUAAAUUUUUAUUAUGCUUAAGCUGUUGUUUUAUUAUUGGACUGUUGUAUGCUGUAUGUUUACCAUGUGUAAACCGCACUGAGUUCCCAUGGGAGAUAGAGUGGUAUAUAAAUAAAGUUUUGUUGUUGUCACAACCUCUGAGGAUGUCUGCCAUAGAUGUGGGUGAAACAUCAGGAGAGAAUGCUUCUGGAACCGGGCUAUACAACGUGGAAGACUCACAGCAACCCAGAAAUGAGAAUCUUUCAGAUUCUCAGAUAUUGAAGGACAGUUUUCCUAUGGUGUAAAAUGCUGGAAUUUACAAUCUUACAAUAUCUGAAGAGCUGAAUGGUUUCCAUCAUAGCAUAGGAGCAUUUAUUUGGAGCCAGUACUGUUGCCAUAUCCAAUCUCUCUCUCUCUCUUUUCCUGGUUUUGAUUGUGCCUUUCACAGCUGCAAAGCAGAUAUUCAGCAAGAUGUAUAUUGUCCCAAGAUUGCAUCCCCAUGCUAGAGAAAGGGUGUUUGCUGAAAUUCUGGCUGUUGUGCAGAAAUUCCAAGAACUAAACCUAUCUCAGGAAAAAGCUGUCUCUACCCCCCUAAAACACCCAAAGGGAUAAACAUUACUGAGUCAAUGAAACCUGUGAAAAUGAAAAGGUGGUGAUAUUGGUAAAGAUGGUAACUAACGUAAAAAAUGCAUCACCAUUGCAGGUGCUGAAUCUAUGUAGCCUAAACACGAAAUGCUGAAAGAAGAGAAUGUUUUAUGUUGUGAUAGUGACAAAAUAUGUCGACUAUAUCCAAUUUCAAUAGAUCAUCAAAAACAGCUUAAAUAAGCACCAAUGAGACCAGAGUGCAUUUUCAACUGUCUUCAUGAAAACCUUCUUAUGUUAUUGGAACAUAAGAUGGUUUUCAUGAAAGGUAGCAGAAAAUGCUCUGGUUUCUUCUGUAUCUUCUGUUACUUUCAGUAUCUUCUAAAGCAGUGGUUCCCAACCUUUGGGCCUCCAGGUGUUUUGGACUUCAGCUCCCAAAUUUCAUAAUACAGUAGAGUCUCACCUAUCCAACAUAAACAGGCCUUCAGAAUGUUGGAUAAGCGAAUAUGUUGGAUAAUGAGGGAUUAAGGAAAAGCCUAUUAAACAUCAAAUUAGGUUAUGAUUUUACAAAUUAAGCACCAAAACAUCAUGUUAUACGACAAAUUUGACAGAAAAAGUAGUUCAAUAUGCAGUAAUGCUAUGUAGUAAUUACUGUAUUUACGAAUUUAGUGCCAAAAUAUCACGAUGUAUUGAAAACAUUGACUACAAAUAUGUGUUAGAUAAUCCAGAAUGUUGGAUAAGUUAGUGUUGGAUAAGUAAGACUCUACUGUACUUGGUAAGCUGGCUGAGAUUUCUGAGAGCUGAAGUUCAAAAAACCUGGAGGCCCAAAGGUUGGGAAUCACUGUUCUAAAGAAUUGAAAUAAGGGAAACAUAUAGAAUAGUUAAUAAAUAGUCCACAGAGUUUUUUCCCAACACUACAAAACCAAGAAAACCCCAGAAAACCCCCAAUAAAUCAUUUUGAACAUCUUAGAAAAACAUUCCAACAAAACAGUGUCAUCUUUUUCCAAAUGCAGUCAUGUAGAGUACAUUUGUUGCACUAUUACAUGUACAAACCAAGAACAACACAUAAAAUACAAGAAAAAAUGAAACUGUAGAUGAGGAGGUCUUCCCUAUGUUUUGGAGUUCAAUUUCCAAAAUGAUGCAGUUAUCAUGGCAAAUAGUAUAGGAUUAUAUGAGCAGUAGUCCCAAAAGAGGUGAAUCAGAGGUUCCCUAAACUACUGAAUUGCAAUGUAUAAAUCAUCCCAAACAAACAUGAAAUCUUUAGGAAAUUGUGGCUCAGGAUUGCUACUUUUGAAAUUGAACAAAACAAGGUUUCGUUACAGGGUAAUUAGGAUUGACAGCCUAUGUGACAUAGAUUAUACAAUUUAGUGGCAGUUAAUCAUUUAAAAAGCCCUGAAGCUUUCAUAUCCUUGUCUGAUCUUGGAAGCAAAGCAAGGUCAGACCUGAUGAGUAUUUGGACAGGAAACCUCCACGAGAAACUGUAGGCUGUAUUUCUCAAGAAGGCAUAUUCCUUGGGAAUAUUCCUUGCAUAAGGAAGUCCUAUGAAAUUUAUGAGGUUGCCAUAAGUUGGCUUGCCACUGAAGGAAGGCACACAUACACCAGUCACUAUGCAUAAGUGAAUGGAAAUCUUAUUAAAAGAAACACUUUUUAAACCUCAAGUCAGGAAAACAAGGGCAGCUUUUAAAAUGCUUCACAAAUCUACUUUAUCACUUGCUCCUGAAGAACAGAUAAUUAUGUCACAAAUACUUCAUGUUUGUUCGGCAUGUAAUCCAGAGACAGCUUUCUCAUGACAUGGCAACGACUUUUUUGAAACUUAUAUUUAGCUUAUUAUUAUUAAACAUAAUACAUUUCAGAUAAGUUCAGCCUUUAUCAUGGUUUUGCAUUUAUUUGUAGUAUCUUUUGUCAAAAUAUCACCCAGUAGAGCUUGGAAAGGAUACUCCUUUGGAUCACACUUCUCUAGCUCCCCGCUGCAAACAUGACUGGGGAAUUCUGGGAUUUGUAGUCCAAAAUAGUAACUUUUCCAAACUCUGCUACAUACUACACCAUUAAAAAAAACCUAGCCUCCUUGACUGUCUCUAUUUUUUUUUUGGAAUUUGUGAACAUGGCCUCUUUGUGGUUUUGAGGGGGGAAAUGGCAAUAAACCAUAUUGUGCAAUAAAAGACAAGAACAGCCUAAGUCUUUGCAGAGAGAGAAAGAGAUAGGAAACAGACUCUGUAUGUGUUUGGCAGUGAGCAGAAUGUAAUGGGAAGCAUACUUUGUAAUCUAAUGUGUGGUUGCUGUGCAAUAACAUGAGUUUAUACAUCUUCUGAAUGUUGAUUGUAUUGUUACUUGAUUACAGUCAUAGACCAGCCUCUACAGUUAGAAAACAAGUACAAAAAACAGAUAAAAAUUUUUUAUGUAAAUAUGUAUUAAAGUAUUACUAUUCCACCUUAUAUCAAAAGAUUUCAGGGUGGAGUUCAAGUUAAAUCAAGGCAAACAAGUUGAAUACAAUUUAUUAAAACAGGUAUAAACAUUUCAAGACUAUGUCCAUUACGAAUUUGAGAUAGUAAGGGCCAAAGAUCCCAAGCGAAAACAAUGAUGUUUUCCCCAUGGCAUAUAGACAAAAUAAGCAUUGGUGCCAAAUGGGCAUCCACAAUUAUGAUGCCGUGGCUAAGAAGGCUUUUUCUUAUGGUCUCAUGCAGUGGAUUGACCUCAAUGGUGGGACACGAGGAAGGGUUUUCCUCUGUUUACAAAUUACAAGUCUAGGACACCUUUCAAAUCCAGGUCUUCUAAAUGUUAAAGAGGAUAUAUUGUUUUGGUGGUACCUGUAUAAAUCUGUUAAAUUAUAAGUGUAAAAACAGAAAUAUUGAAUGUUUUUUUUUAAAAAAACAACAACUGUAUAAUGUACAGGUGGCAAAAGACACCACACUGCUGAAACUGAUUACUAAACAAAGGGCUGAUUAAAUCUUAUGUGUUUGUCAUAAUAUUGACCAUGAUUGUAUUGUUGCACUAUAUUAGCAUAGUUACUCCAGCGUAAACAAUGGCAACAGACAAAAAGAGACCACAGGUGCAGUGGUUUUGAAAGAAGUAACACACUGGAGAAAUAAGCUGUUCAGAGCCAACAGUUCAUAACAACAACAACAACAACAACAACAACUUUAUUUUUAUAGCCCUCCACCCCAAAGGGACUCGAGCAGCUCACCAAGCCCAAAAGAGAUAAAAUUAAAAACACAACAUCAAUAUAAUUAAAAUACCUGAGCAAUAAAAUAAAACAUCAUAAAAUACAUCAGGGGGCAUCAAAAUUAAAAGGUGGGGCUAAUAAAAUUACAAGGGAGGGACAGGCAUGUGCAAAACUCAGGACAGAAUUAUCAAGAGUGGCAGUAAGGUGCUGGAGAUCAGGGCAAUAAACAAUUAAGACUGGGCAAUAAUAAAUUAUGAACUGACCUAAUGUUCAAAAACACAUCCAUGUGUUCAAGUCUUUGUGGAAUAUGGACAGGGUGGGAUCUAAUCUGAUCUCCCUGGGGAGAGAGUUCAUAGCAGUUCAUAGUGUUCUAAUGCAGCAGGAGGCUAUUGCUUCAUAUAUAUUUUUUCUGGCAUGGCAUUGUCUAUCCAUACCUCCUGUCCGCCACAUUAAGAUUUGCUGUGUACUGUGUUGUUUUCAUAGAGAACAUGUUUGGAAGAUUAGGGCUGAGAUUAAGUAGCACCUCCUACUACUACUUGGUGGCAGUAACUGUGAGCAAUGGAGAUCUGUUCUCUUGACAAUUUGGAAAAGUGAUGAGACAAUCAGAAGCAGGAUCCUCGUCGUAAUUCCUCCUUGCACUUGAUAUUAUUAUUAUUAUUAUUAUUAUCAUUAUUAUUAUUAUUUAUAUUCAAUUUUUUUCUUAAAGAGACUAAAGUGCUGAGUGCUGGAGAGGUGAAAAUGUCAGUCUGAGAACAAACUCCUGUCGUUCACAGUAGCUGCUUCCUGAUAAGUCAAUACUAGGGGAAUUUUAUGAUUUCUAUGCUUCCCUUACACUCUUGAAUACCAUAUAUUGGUAUUGUGAAUACAGAUCAGCUACAAAUAUACAAUGUAGGCUAUGCGUUUGUAGCUGCAAUUGUGAAUUCCAACCCAAACCUAUCAAUGUCAAUUGAGAUGUCGUAUGUACACUGUGUGAGCACUGAACAGCCCCAGUAAAACAUGCGUGAAUUGGACUUUAUUACAGGUUCACAUGAGUAUCCUAAUUCCCAUGGCUUUCGUGGCAAGUUUCUGUGAAGUUAGUCAUUUGUAAACUAUACACAGAAUUUUGUACAAUGUGUGUUACAUCUUGUUUGAGAUCAUUAGGAUUUUAACUGCAAUAACUUAGGGGGUUUCAAAUGCCAAAUUUUGAACUCAUGUUUGAAUUUGCAUCUGUAAAAUUGUAAAACAACAACAGCAACAACAACAACUAGACCAAUGUUUUGAGCCUUUAGUUUUUUCCACAAGCAUCAGAUGUGUAGAUCUGACUAUAAUGUGUCACUGACAGUUUCUCAUAAGGAAGCAUCAGCCAAUGUUGUCUAGAAUGGAUGCUCUUGAUUUUUAUACAAAGUGUAUAAAAUGUAUGAAAUAUGUCAAUUCCAUAUUAGGCUUAUUUGGUGAUUCUUUUUUAAGACAAAAAAAUAAACUUGUUAAAUUGUUA